AUGGGCGGUGCAUAUGUUGUGCUUGAGCAGACCGAUGCUCAAAUCACUCGUAUUUCAACAGGCUCGGAAGUUAGCAUCUGUCUUGAAGCUGCCGCAGCUCUGCAGAAGCAAAAUAUUCUUGCCAUGGUCUUCUGCUUUGAAGGUUUUGAUUGGCAAGAGGGAUCCUACAGGCUGGAUGCACGGCCCGACAACAUUCCUAUUCUGUCCGUGGAGGCUGCUUCGACCGUGGGCUGGGAGCGUUAUUCCCACCAGCAAUUUGGCAUUGACCGGUUCGGGACUUCUGGUCCUUGCGAUGAGCUUUUUGAGAUGUUUGAAGAUGUUUGA